UAUCGUUCAUAACUAGACUAGACUAUUAUUAUUGUUUUUAGAUAGCCUACCAUAGCCGGCUAUAGGUAGAAUAGACACCUCAUUAAAAUAUGAGUCAUUAUUGACAAUCAUAAAUAAGUUUAUAUGUUAACAUAAUUAAACGUCGUCUUGUAAUUUAUUUAUUUAUUUAUUAUAUGCUAAUUAGUUUUUAUUACUGUUAUUAUCAAAAGCAUUUAGUCAAGGUAUUUAAACGUAGAGGGAAGUGUUACAUGUCAGCCUCCGGGGUGAUGGAGACACAAAGGUCGGGUGCGGGUGACCCGUCGGGCCCCUCGGCGGAGGCCCCCGAAGGCUCCGGCGGGGUCCGACGCAGCAGCUCCGGUGUAAAGAAACAUCAUCACAAACACAACCUGAAGCACCGCUACGAGCUGCUGGAGACCCUGGGUAGAGGAACGUACGGGAAAGUCAAGAAGGCCAUCGAGCGCCAUUCUGGAAGAGAGGUUGCCAUCAAGUCCAUCAGGAAGGAGAAGAUAAAGGAUGAACAGGACAUGGUUCACAUUCGACGAGAGAUUGAAAUCAUGUCAUCUCUUCGUCACCCACAUAUCAUCUCUAUAUAUGAAGUGUUUGAAAAUAAAGACAAGAUUGUGAUCGUCAUGGAAUACGCCAGUAAAGGCGAACUCUACGACUACAUCAGUGAACGCCGCCGUCUGACGGAGAGAGAAACCAGACACUUCUUUAGACAGAUUGUGUCUGCUGUGCACUACUGCCACAAGAAUGGUGUUGUUCACCGGGACCUGAAACUGGAGAAUGUCCUACUGGAUGAAAACUGUAACAUAAAGAUUGCUGAUUUUGGCCUUUCCAACCUGUACCAUAAAGACAAGCUUCUGCAGACCUUCUGUGGUAGUCCACUGUACGCAUCUCCAGAGAUUGUCAAUGGAAGACCAUACCGUGGUCCAGAGGUGGAUAGCUGGGCCCUGGGGGUGUUGCUGUAUACGCUGGUCUAUGGCAGUAUGCCGUUUGAUGGAGGAGACCACAAAAAUCUAAUCCGGCAAAUCAGCAACGGGGAGUAUCGUGAACCGACUCAGUCAUCAGAUGCUCGAGGUCUGAUCCGCUGGAUGCUGAUGGUCAACCCUGAGCGUCGGGCCACAGUGGAAGACAUCGCAAAUCACUGGUGGGUAAACUGGGGAUGGAAGACUAGCGUAUGUGACUGUGAAUCUCAAAGAGAUGCUGGCUCACCCAUGUUGGCCCGUCUCAUCGACUGGCAGAAUCGGACCGAGCCCCGUCCAACCAAAGCCGUCCGGUCCGAGCCAUUCCUGCUGGUCCGUCAACGGCCCAAAAAAUCCAAGAAAGAGAACGAUGUUGGAGUUUCCUGCUGUAAUGGCGAUGAAAGUUUGGGCCUGAAGAGACCGAAGAGCAUCUUGAAGACAAGACUAUCUGAUGAGCAACACUCCCCAAGUAUGGACGACAUAGAGUUGGUGUCCGGUGCGGAAACCCCAGAGAAGGAAACUGGGCUUGAAGCUGAUGAAGGUGAGGAGGAGCCAACACUAACAGGCAACUCCCCUAGUAGGAUGAUCUCCGUUUUUCCAAAGAAGGGGAUCCUAAAGAACAACCAACAACGGGAAUCAGGGUACUAUUCUUCCCCGGAGCGCAGUGAGUCUUCUGAUCUGCUAGGUGGCAACAUCACACCCCUUGGAUCUAGCUCACCACCAAAACGAGCCGUUGGGAGGAAAGGCAUCUUGAAGCGCAAUGGGAAGUAUUCCACAUACAGUGGAGCUCCUCCCAUGAGUGUCCUGGGAGAGCCAGCACCUGGCGAUUCCGGUUUAUCCCGCAGUCAGAGUCGCCCAUCCAGCAUCGUGAGGCAGGAUAGUGACACCAUCACCAACAGCCCCUUCAGCGCCACUGACUGGCCCCCACCCAUCACCCGGCCUAAAAUCAGAAGCUGUGUGUCUGCAGAAAACCUUCUUCAGCUUGCUAACUUCAAAGGGCUCCAGGCAGCUCCACCACUGCAUAGUGGAAAAUUUGGUAGAGGGGCACAGCGGUCCCCUGGGGAUAACAGCAGCUUUUCUCUGUUAGGAGACCUGGAUGAUAUGACUCAGGUGUACCAACAAGCCCUGGACAUCAGCAACAACCUGUCAUAGAGAGAAGGGGGCCAACUGAGUGGUGCCUAGAAGGAAAGAUGCUGAAACAAGUGGGAGGUGUUUGUUUGGCAUGUUGUUGACGACCAGUGUAACACUGGGAUUCUAUGAAUGUGAGUCAUUUAUUUGAUGGGAUGAUAUUGGAGGUUGUACUCAACCAUUACCCUAACCUGAACUCCUGGCCCCUAACCACUAACCCUACCAUACCCUGCCCAUAACACUACCCUAUCCCAUACACAGUUUUUAAGCGUUUCAAGCCAGUUAAGUUUUAGUCGGUACUUUGGGACAUUAUCUCCCCUAUAGGCAAGAGGUGAAAUUAAAUGUUUACAUAUUAAAUGAAAGGUGAGUUAGCAUUACAGAAGACAUCAUGGAACGGCCUUGACGAGACAACAAUAAGAGCCAACCUGAGUUUAUAAAGCACCUUAAAACUCACAGAGCACAUUUCGUAUUGUGGUCUUUACUUUCAAACCAAGAAACCAGGGUCUUGCUCCAAAAGAACUGUUAUUGUUUAUUAUUUAUUAAUAUUUUUUGUAGAUUUAGUGAUUCAAAACUGGUGUGGUCUGGCAGUACUGGAAUAACAGAAUAACAUAAUUAAAUCUCUCAUUUCCUUGAUUGGAACUGACAUAUAUAAUUGUUUGGUUUCUUUGUUGGUUAUUGCUGAUAUAUCACUUAAACUACUUAUGUAAUGAUCAAACUUGUACUGAUCCUUGUAUUGAGCAAAAUCACAUCAAUGGAGUGUAUGGAAUUAUAUAAGUGCCUUUUUGUUUGUUCAAUUCAUAUUAAAUUAUGUAUGUCAUUUCCUUGAGAGAUGCCAGAGAAAGUUGUUGUCAGGUGAACAGCGCAUUUUAUUAUUAUUAUUUUAUUUUAUUUUAAUUUUUGAGUUUGUAUUGAUUGCUUAGAAAAAGCCCAGGACCUCAGAGCACAAAGUCCACCCUCCAGGCUCAAGAACUUCUAGACUUCAAGGUACACCAUACAUAAAUUCACCUCACCACCGGGUUAGAGAGGCCAGUGUUUGCUUACCAUGAUUCAAGAAUAACACAGUUGGUCCUUGAUCAACUUGUAAAGGAGCCGUGUCCAGAACCCUCUACAUCAUUAACACAGGAUGUGUGGUGUUUGGUACUUCAAGGCUCCAACAUCUCGGAUCAAGUCUGGGAAGGUUUUGAUUGGUUGAUUGUGAUCGAGUCCUGACAGGAACGUGCGUGCAAGCACCAUGUGUUUCUCUGGAAUGGUACUCUUGUGGUUUCUUGAUUGGUUUAGGUGACUUUUGAGGGUUUCUGGACACUUUAACCUUAACAAGGUUUAACGCAAGGUACAAAUCUCAGACACACUCUCAACUUCCAGGAAUGUUCCAGGCAGAGACAAGCUUGUUUGGAUAUUUCUUUAAGUUUUGGCCUGUAGGAACAUGGUCUCUCUUGGUGUUUAUCUGUUGAUCCCUGUGGAUUUCUUUGCUCAGCCCAAAAAAUAACAGAUUAUUGGUUUUCGUUGAACUUUGAUGCCCAAAACACUCCCUCUCAGGGCUAAAAAACCACAAACAGACCGAUUAGUUUCAAAGCAGCGAUGAGCCAGCAAAUUCCAAGCUCUUCAGAGGCAUGUUUGGACUAGAUCUUAACACCAUGACCUGGAGAGCAUCCAUGUGUGUGUGGGUUUGAUAAGGAGAAAAGCUUUAUUGUUUCAGGAUGAUCAGCCUUUAGUAGUUUUGGACACAAGAAAGUGUUAUUUUAGGUUUAAGGCUGUUUUUUAGAAGGUAAGAGUGAAGUAGUUGUAGUAGUACAGAGAAAGGUGUUUACUGAGGUAGAUUUGUGAAAGUAUUGAUAGAUGCGGGAC